UAUUUAUUAUAAAUCGUUCGUGAAAUGUUUAACAGCGAUCGUAAAAAGGGUCAGGCGAUACUAAUUGUAACUGCGAUAUUAUUCUCCUAUUACACUAUAUCUGUGAUCGGUUUACCGUUCAUUGAAAACGAUAGAGUUCGAGCAUUCUUCGCUCACCACGGUAUUGCAUUAAUGGUACCAGCGAUCUCGGGUUUAUGUUUCAUCGGCGGAUUAGUAUUGUUCACUAUUUACCACGUUAAACCAUACUUUUCUUACAAGCCGAACAAACGUCACGAGCCGCAAAGUGUAAAUCAGAAACAAGCCUAAUACUCGUUACAUACUCUC